AUGAAACUACUAAAACUCCCUUGGUUGCAGCAUCGAGAGGAGCACAAGAGCUAUGAGAUUUAUACAUGCGAUGUUAGUCCGGAUUCUAUGAGGCUUGCCACUGGUGGUUUGGAUGGCAAGGUAAGGAUAUGGUCUGUACCUGACAUUGUAAGGUUUGCCAAGAACCCAGAAAUUGCAAUGGAUAAAAACGUGACUUUGAAGCCAUUGAGCACAAUGAGUCGACAUGCCGGAUCUGUAACCACAGUUAAGUUUUCUCCAGAUGGAAAGUAUCUUGCCAGCGGAUCUGAUGAUAGAAUACUAUUGAUAUGGGAAUUGGAGGCCGGUCCAGUGCAACCUAUGUUGGGAGGCGAGAGUACAGAUGUUGAGCACUGGAAUGUACGAAGAAGACUAGUUGCCCAUGACAAUGAUAUCCAAGACAUAUGCUGGGCCCCAGAUUCAAGUAUCAUGGUAAGUGUUGGGUUGGAUCGAUCCAUAAUCAUAUGGAAUGGGGCAACUUUCGAGAAAGUUAAAAGGUUCGAUGUUCAUCAAUCGCACGUGAAAGGUGUUGUCUUUGAUCCAGCAAACAAGUACUUCGCUACCGCUUCAGAUGACCGGACUAUCAAAAUGUUUAGAUAUCAUAAAACUGGAGAAACAUCAUUCUCGGUAGAGCAUGUUAUUACAGAGCCAUUUAAGGGCUCUCCUUUGACAACGUACUUUAGAAGAUUAUCGUGGUCCCCUGAUGGUCAACAUAUUGCUGCUCCAAAUGCCAUGAAUGGACCAGUAUCUACAGUAGCAAUCAUAGAGAGAGGCACUUGGGAAUCUUCAAUAAGUUUAGUUGGCCAUGACCAGCCAACCGAAGUGGCUUCGUUCAACCCAAGAAUAUUUAAAAGGAAAAAGGCAAAGGCGAUUGAGGAUAAAACGGAAGACGGCGAAACCAUAGAUGUAAAGAAAUCAAGAUCUGCUGAUGACGUCGAUUGCAUAGUUGCGAGCUCUGGGCAAGACAAAACACUUGCAAUUUGGUCAACUUCAAAGGCAAGGCCGAUCCUUGUCGCACAAGAUAUCUGUAGUAAAUCUGUCACUGAUAUGAGCUGGACUCCUGACGGUAACGUAUUAUUCAUUACAUCCUUGGACAGUUCCAUAGUAGUACUAGUGUUCGACGAUGAUGAAUUUGGGAAUGCAAUUCCCUUAGAACAAAAUAUAGAAUACCUUCAUCGUUACGGUGUCGACAAGGACUCGCUCGUAUUUCCUGAAACUGUUGAUCAGCUCAUACUUGAAGAUGAGGCUAAGAAAUCCAGAAAAUCAACUGUCGACCUAAGUCUACUUGAAAACAGAUUGGGCAAGCCUGGAACAAUUGCCGAACCUAACAUUUUACAAGUACGUAGCAAGAAGAAGGUAAAUCUGAACGACAAAAAGACCGCAGAUGCAACUAACUACGAACCACCUCAUGUUAAUAUUCUACAAGUGAAGCGUAAAAACAAGAUCACAGGGGUAACUGAAGUUCUUAAUGAUACGGUGAUGAAGAAUGGAAAGAAAAGAGUAGCGCCAACACUUGUAUCCAUGGGUCACUCUCCAGAUAAAGGCAAAAAGCGCGCUACUCUUCAAUCAGGUGGAACAUCUCUGAAUAGUAGCUUAUCGCAAAACUCAACAAAAGGUGGGUCCGAGGAUAGAGUUUCUUCUGCCAAUACGUUGUCAAAAUUACAGAAGUCAAAAUUAAGCAAAUCUUCAUUUAACAUACCGCGUUUGGGUAUUCACACACUAAUAAUGGGGAUGAAAGAAAGAGCACGGGACAAUUUCUUUAAUCAAUCUUCAGUAGAAUCAUCCUUGGAAGAGAAUGCCGUUGACGUAAUGCAAACUCCCCAGCCAGCGGACCAAGAGGUUGCUGAAGAGCACAUACUAACUUUAAACAGCAAAACCACAAUAGAUAAAAUAUGGAGAGAUGAACCAAAUACCAGAUACUUGGAAUUUAACUCAAUUUUACCCGACGCCGAUGCUGUGCUUCGGGAGAUGGGCCGUAUUGACGACUUAUAUGUUUUAGAAGUAAGAAAUGGUGUUGAAAGAAGUAUUCAAUUUGAUACCGAAGCGUUAUAUGAUAAUCCGACUCGUGUGAUUGGUUACCACACUGGCCAAAGGUCUUUUGAACUUUUCUUUCCCGAUGUGGUGCUCAGUUGCGUUGGCUCAAUGGAAAUGAAAACUUGGGUUCUAGCCACAACAACUGGCCAGGUAUACUUCAUAGACACUUUGGGCCAAGCCCGUUGUCCGCGCAUAUCGAUUGGCCACAAAAUUAUCAAACUCUCCACAUCAGGAAGACACGUUGUAGCAAUUACCGAGACCGCUCUCAUCUACGUAUGGGACUUGGAAAAGAUGACUAUGACCCACAAACAGAUUCCACUCUUACCUCUUCUUGCACGUGACCCAAUCACAGGCAACAGGGCUAGAUUUACCUCAAAGAUAAAGGCCAUAAGAGUCACCGAAAAUGAUCAUAUAGAGAUCACAAUGACUGACUCUGAUCCUAUUUCCGAGCAAGCAACGACAGCCGCUAUUCAAUUCAACUAUUCUUCUGAUCUUUGCUGUUGGUGUUCAAACGCGGCUGAAUUAAGCGCAUCAGUGUAG